AGCAGGAGAUAAUCUUGGAUGGGCUUUGAAAUUUGAAAGUUCUGUGUGGUGGUCUAAUUUGGGAUAAAUACUACAUUACAUUGGAUGCAAUUGUCUUCCUGAAUUAUGGUUGGCAGAACAUGCUACUCUUGUUGUAAAAAAGAAACCCAGUGGAUUGCUACAAAAGACUUGGUUGAAUUUAUUCUCUGAGAGGAAAUGUCUAUGAUUGCUGGAUGCUGAGCCAUAGUGAAGCAACUCACUAAUAGCCAUAUCUCUUAAGCCUGUGUUCAGUAUUUUCAAGAAGCUUUGGGAGAGUACAUCUGAACUAAGAAGAUGUGUGGAGGUACUCCAAAGACUGCACACAGCACAGGAGAGCACACAGACCGAGCAAGAAACAGUAAUAAUGCCUCUUGUCCACUUGGAAAUAAUAUCUCAAACACAGGAUUAGCUAAAAAGGCUAAAAAAUCUUUUGUGGCAGAACAGAGCACCGACCAUAAAAGCAGUGUCAAUACAUUGUUGCAAAACAGCUGGUCCUGUUCGGAGUUUGACUUGAAUGAAAUCCGCCUGAUAGUUUACCAGGAUUGUGAGAGAAGAGGCAGACAGGUCUUGUUUGAUUCCAAAGCAGUGCGCAAAGUUGAUGAGGCAGCAGCUCAGAAAAUAGUAGAGGAUGCUCCAGGAAAGGCUUCAGCCAAGUGCUGCCAAGCAAGCAAUGGGACCAAUAGUAUUUCUUCCCAUAGUCCAUCAGUGGGCUGUACACAGCAUGUCAAGGAACAGCUUCCAAAGUAUCAGUACACUAGACCAGCCUCUGAUGUCAACAUGCUUGGAGAAAUGAUGUUUGGCUCAGUGGCAAUGAGUUACAAAGGUUCUACCUUGAAAAUCCACUACAUACGCUCUCCUCCGCAGCUUAUGAUAAGUAAAGUUUUCUCAGCCAGAGUGGGAAGCUUCAGUGGAAGCACAAAUAACUUGCAAGAUAGCUUUGAAUACGUCAACCAAGAUCCCAGUCUGGGAAAAUUAAGCUCUAAUCAAAAUGGUUUGGGGACCUGCCGUAGUGGAAGUAAUCUAGGUGUGUUACAGCUGUGUAGCAGCAAAGUGCUGCAGGGUGUGUCUGAAGGAGUUCCCCUCCGGCUCAUCCGGAGUGCUUCUUUCUUUGCAGCACAUAGCACCCCCGUUGAUAUGCCUAGCAGAGGGCAAAAUGAGGACAGAGACAGCGGCAUUGCUCGGUCAGCAUCUCUGAGUAGUCUCUUGAUUACACCAUUCCCAUCACCAAGCUCCUCAUCCUCCUCUUCCAGUAGCUACCAGCGCCGCUGGCUCCGAAGUCAAACAACAAGUUUAGAAAAUGGAAUUAUUCCAAGGUGGUCCACCGAAGAGACUUUUAGCAUGGCUGAUGAAAGCUGCAGUUCCAAUCCUGCAGUGAUUCGGAGGAAAAAAAUUGCCAUCAGUGUAAUUUUCUCCCUGCCUGAAAGAGAAGACUCACAGAGGAACUUCCAGGACUUCUUUUUCUCUCACUUCCCUCUAUUUGAAUCCCAUAUGAACAAGUUAAAGAGUGCAAUUGAAAAGGCCAUGAUCCUCUGUAGAAAAAUAGCAGAAUCCAGCCUAAGAGUACAGGUUUAUAUCAGCCGUGUCACGGAUGCCCUGGGAGAAUUCAGACUUACAAUCUGGAACCUGUAUUCCGUUCCAAGGAUCGCAGAACCUGUGUGGCUUACCAUGAUGUCCAGCACUUUGGAAAAGAACCAGUUAUGCCAGCGCUUUCUUAAGGAAUUUACACUUCUGAUAGAACAGAUCAACAAAAACCAGUUCUUAGCUGCUUUAUUGACUGCGGUGCUGACCUAUCACCUGGCGUGGGUCCCAACUGUAAUGCCAGUUGACCAUCCUCCCAUAAAGGCCUUCUCUGAGAAAGGCACACUACAAUCUGUAAACCUGCUGGCAAAAUCGCAUCCUUAUAACCCUCUCUGGGCACAGCUCGGUGAUCUGUAUGGUGCCAUAGGCUCUCCCGUUAGGCUGACACGGACUGUGAUUGUUGGAAAACAUAAAGAAUUAGUUCAACGUAUUCUCUACAUUCUAACAUACUUCCUACGGUGCUCUGAGCUACAGGAAAAUCAACUGACCUGGAAUGGGAAAGUUGGAGAGGAAGAGCAACUGCUAAAUGGAAAGAAGAUCACAACUACAUUGGAAAAGGGAGAGGUUGAAGAAUCUGAUUAUGUGGUUGUCACUGUUAAGAAUGAACCUGCUCUUGUGCCGCCAAUCCUACCUCAGAAGAAUGGUGGAAAUCAAACCAGUAGCAAGGUGGGGCAUGUCAGUAACCCAGAGAGCUCUCCUGCUCUGCCAAUAUCCUCAAAAGAAAAGAAUGAAGUAACAGGAAAGGGUGAUCAGAGCUCCUGGGCAUCCUGUAUUGCAUCAAAAGACUGCACAGUUGGCAGUUCUGAGUCUAAAGGAAUGGUAGAUGACAGUAGGAAAGGGAAGGUAGCUGAUAUAGGAACUGUGUCCUAUCAUUUUGAAGAACAAAUAGAAUCAGAGGAUUUAACGGAUGACUUAAAGAAUAGCAACCAGACCACGAGUGAAGUGGCAGAAAAGCCAUCUGACAGGUCAUCUGUUGUACCAUGUCCUGAGAGGUUUGUUGAUAGGAGUCCUCAUUUAGAAAGGGUCACCUUCCAGAUUGGAAGUUCUACAUCGCCAGAGUCUGAUUUAGAAACUCGCAAGAGGGACAUGGAUGAAAAUUUUAGGGCGUUCAAAAAAAAUCUACAGGUAGCAAGCUGUACUUCAAGUCCACCAAAUGUGCCUGCAGAAACUUCCCAGAGCCAACAAAAAACUUCCAAAGUCUCCCUUAACCCAUUACACAUUAGGCGUAAUAUCUGUUAUGCACAAAUUCCGUCAUGUGAAGCGAGCGCAAGUAUAUUUGAUGAAUAUUUUGCUGAGGGUAAUAAAAUUGAAAUGAAUGUAGCAAAUACUUCUACUCAGUGUGGCUUGUCAGAUGAAUCACUUAAGCCAUCUGAUAACAAAAUAGAAACUGUAAAAACUGAAAUCUUAAAGGAAGCUAGAACCCUGUGCUCCAAGAAUGGGGAGGGCCAUUCACUUGACUCUGUUAAAACAAGUUCUGACGUACAGGACACUGGCCAAGUAGUCACUGAAGAUGUCCCCUAUGGGGAUGCUGGAAGAAAAAUCUCCUUCCGAAUCGAAGGGGAUAUUCCUAGGAAUGAGAGUUCAGAUAGUGCACUUGGAGACAGCGACGACGAUGGUGCUUCAUGUAUCUCUGAUCUACACCCUCGAGGCCAUGUCAGCAAUAGGCAUGAAGAAUUUACAGAAGUAGAACUUCCUUUACCAAGAUCCAACAUAAUCAGCAGUCCAAGUGUGAAAAACUUUGGAAGGUCACUUCUCGGUGGUUACUGUCCCACAUACAUGCCUGAUCUGGUACUGCAUGGAAUAAGUAAUGAUGAAAAACUCAAGCAGUGGUUACCAGCAGAUCUGCUUCAUGCAGUGCAUCAUCCAGUACUAGAUGAGCCCAUAGCAGAAGCUGUCUGUAUUAUUGCCGAUACGGAUAAAUGGAAUGUACAGGUGGCUACAAGCCAGAGAAGGAUGAUGGACAGUAUGAAGCUAGGCAAAGAUGUCUUAGUCUCCAGUCAAGUGUCCAAUUUGCUGCAGUCCAUUUUACAGCUUUACAAACUCCAUCUCCCAGCUGACUUUUGCAUAAUGCAUCUUGAGGAUAGGCUACAGGAGAUGUACCUCAAAAGCAAAAUGCUUUCGGAAUACCUGCGAGGACAUACAAGAGUUCAUGUAAAAGAGCUAGGAAUUGUAUUGGGGAUUGAAUCCAAUGACUUGCCUUUGUUGGCUGCUAUCGCAAGCACUCACUCCCCGUAUGUUGCUCAAAUACUCUUAUAAGUUAAAAUCUCAGGAUAGUCAUUCCCUAAACAAACUACAGGAAUCUUGAAUGAAGAACAGACGUGCCAAGUACCGGUAAAGGGGAGCAGGUGAUGGCAGUGCAUUCCAACACCUUUUGAUUCUACUUUCAGCUGGACACUUUAUCUAAAGACUUCAGUUUACAUAAUGUAAAAGGCAUUCAGGUUGGUUUUUUUUUUUUUUACACUCGCUUCUGAAGUUAACGAAUCAUGAAGGUGAAUGCAUCCUUGCGGUCUUUUUAAAUGACAAAAGUAAACACUACAGCGAACACUGAACUGUUAGCAGAAAACACUGCUAAUAAAACCCAUGAGGUGGCAGUAAAAAGAACAGGUGGAAUAAGAUGGUUCUUCUAAUACUGCACUUGUGAUCGCAUGGUGUUUUGUGUGCUUCUUUGGUUGCAGAGCUGGCGCUGUAAACUGUGUAUGUAGCAUUCCUAUACAGAGGUGUUUGGAUGGACAUGAAGUUUUGCAGAACACAAACAUCCUUUUGUAUUGUAGUAGUGGCCAGCUCAAAACAAGAAACUUUGACUCAGCAGCUGAGUUAUGUGGCAUGUGUGAGGUUUGUUUCUUUCUUUUUUCUUUCUUUUUUUUUUUUUUUUAAGGAUAAAAGGAAGCUGCAGCUGCUUCUAGUUUUACUGAUGAAAAAACAGAAUGAGCUCAGAUUAUAAGUAGUACCACCCCAACAUUAGUAUGAAGAAGGCUUUUUGAGAGAGAGGAGGAUUUUUUUAGAAAGCCUUAUAGAAUUUCUACUACAAGUUUACAUUGUUGCAUUUACAACAUUAAUAGAUUUUUGAGUUUCUGUAUGACCUGUAAAACUGGGAAUUGGUCCUAAGUCUUAAUGGAAUCCAAUAUUGCGAUCUAAGAUAUUUCCGUUUGACAAGCUAACGUACAAUAUGUUACCAAAUGUGUUACACUGUGUGUGUGUGUGUGCGCGUGCACAUACACCAACCAAUUGGCAUAAACUCAACAAAAGUUUAUUUAAAAAAAAAAAAUACUGGUCAAAUGCAUUGCUACUAUUUGGAGUUGACUUUUUAUUCACUCUGAAAGUAGGGGCUGUUUUAAGUGAAACAAAGAGGACAAUGACAAGCCUGGACAUCAUGAUUUAUUAAUAUGAACAUCCACUAUGAUUCUACAGAACUUUUGCACUAUCAUCUCAGUGCCUUCUAAUCUAUUAAGGACUAACUGCUUUGAGGAAGAAACUUGCCCAUUAGGUCAAAUAGUUCAUAGCACCAGUCUCUAUAUUGUUCCAUAUAAUAGUAUACAGUUAUCUAAAAUUCUCUGCUCACAGGCACAAACUUGACUAUUUACAUACAAUGUAUACACAGCAAGGUACAAUGUUACUUUUUUUCAUUGAACACUAUUGAGCAGCAUAUGAAACUAUUUAGACCAAGAAAGGGCAAAAGAAAAUAAAAACAUUAUUUUCAAAGAAAGAAAGCUAGAGGCAAGGAACCCACCCAAGCAGAGUGUUAGACUAUCAAACAUUCCGUGGAAACACAGACAUGAGUAGUAUUGGGUACUUUUGGCAUUUGAUACGAAGCUGUCUAAAUACUUGUUUAGAAACAUGAACUCUUCCGACUAGAAUCAUUCCUACCUGCUAGGAUUUAUUAAUUGGCUCACUGAACCAUCCUUGCUGGUGAUUCCAGAAUUCCCAGCAUUGUAGGGACCCAUUUAAGUACAGAGUUUCAGUUCAUACUGCCCUGAUAAUUGGGUUUUCUAAAGAAAAUCUUCAAUAAUUAAAGUGAGAAAAGGUGAGUAUUAUUGGGAUUUUCAUUUUGUUCUAAAUAUGACCGAGAAUUGCCCUUAAUCUUGUUAGUCUGUCUCUGUCUGUCUGUCUGAGAGGAACGUGUAGAUUUACCAUGAGACAUUUUUGUGCAGAAGGUUUGUGUCCAAGUUGAAAGACUCUUAAUUUCCAGGUAUGAGUUCUAAACAGAUAAGAUUAUUUAAGAUCUGGUUCUCCAAUCUAACAUUCCAGGAGUCUCCUUUUGCAUAGUACUUUCAGAGUAUGUCUGCACAGCAAUGAAACACCCAGGGAUGGGCCGUGUCAUCUAACUCAGGCUGCAGGUCUAUAAAAUUGCAGUAUAGACUUUCAGGCUUGGGCUGGAGCAUGGACUGUGGGACACUUCCUCCUCCUGGGGUCCCAGAGCCUGUGCUUCACCCCACGCCCAAAUGUCUACACUGCAAUUUUAUAGCCGCGCAGCCCAAGCCCCAUGAGCAUGAAUCAGCUGACCUAGGCCAGUCAUGGGUGUUUAAUUGCACUGUAGACAAUUAAUCCUUUCCCAAUAUGCUCUUCAGAGUGGCUACAGUCUUCCUGAGGUUUGGGUUAUCUCUUAUUGCUGAUACAUGAAGAAAUCUGCUUGCCCUGAUUUGGUUCCCCUGAGCUGCUUUGACCUCCACUCCAUGGUUUGCUUGAAACCAAAUGACAUAGCAAGUGCACCUGUUGGCAAACUUCCCCUCUCCGCUUACUAAGUGUGUAGGUGUGUGUAAUGACUUUCCUUGUAAGUAUGCAAGAAUUCUGUAUUUUAUGCAUUCUCAUUACUUCAUGCCCUGCAGUUUUUUCAUAGUAAUUUAGUUUGUCUAGUUCCUGUUUAUGUUCAACAAAAAAUGGCUUGUCUUGCUUCCGUCUGAACUGACUUGCAGAGAGAUGCCUGCAAGCAGACCUCUGUAUCCACAUGGAGCCCCAUUGAAGGCAAGUCAACCUGCACACAGCAUGUUGCAGGAUUAGAACCUUGAUCAGAAAUCCUUAAUUUACCACUUACCCCCAACAAAUGCUGCUGUUUGAUAAAAUUGUACAUUAAUUUAAGGAGAUGUAUGAAUUGAUGAUUCAAAUGCAAUCAACUUUUCCUCAGCCCAAUAUAAAAUCUUUACAGUAUAAUUAUUGCCUUUUAUAUAACGCUUUGCUGCUCUUCACAAAUUACACGAGACUGCCCUAUUUUUAGUCUCAAUUGAUCUCUAAAAUUAAGGUUUGUAUAAUUCUUAAUUUAAAAAAAAUGGUGGCUUUAGUUUAAAGAAACUUAAAUAUUUCUCCCUCCCACCAAAUAUACUACCUCAAUUGACAGGAUACUACCUUUAGGGCUCUUCAACUUUGUAAAGCUUACCUGUUGAACAUUUUUGUAGCAUCUUGCUGGUUGGGCAUGACAGAGCAGUAAGUAUGUACAAAUGUUGUUGAGUUAGACAUCUUUAUAGCAUGUUUGUUUUAUUUUUUUAAUAGAAUGAAAAGUGAUAUGAAUGUACAGGAAAAAUGUUUAAAACUUACAGUGAAAUAAAAAUGUAGCUUAAAUCUU